GACGGUCGUAUGGCUAUCCUGAAUCCAAAGGCCGACUUUGUCCGAUGGAAAUUUGAUCCUAGGAUGCCGACCAACUCAGUUAUCGAGGAUCCGAAGGUGGUGAUGGAUGUCCCAUCUGAGAUGCCUCGCAUUGACGAACGCUUCAUGACCCACCAAUACGACACACUAUUCGCCAUUGUGGCAGUCCCUGGAAGUCCUGCUGACACGAAGUACUUCAUAUACAAUCGUCUAAACGGCGUCGCCAUGCACAACCACAAGACAGGCGAGACGCGGUACUUCUAUGCCGGAGACAAUGCUGUCUGUCAAGAACCAUGUUUCAUCCCUCGUAGCGAGGAUGCGCCUGAUGGUGACGGUUGGGUUAUGACCAUGGUCGACAGACAAGACAACAAAAAGAGUGAACUUGUUAUUCUGGAUACGAGGACUUUCGAAAGACCCAUUGCGGUUGUCCACAUGCCUAUGCAUGUCAAAUCACAGAUCCACGGAAAUUGGAUACCGUCGGCAGCAUUGAAAGCUCAUAAAAGUUUGGUCCGUGAAGUGACUGAACCGAUCAAAAUCAGCGGGAAAGGAGCUCUCGAACCACUGAGUUAG